AUGUCGCAGGCCUGCAUGUCGAGCAGCUUGUCCCCUUCACCAGGCUGGGCUUGGCGCGCAACAGUGACAACGCGCCGCUCAGUAUUUGCCCGCGCAGCAUUUGCCCGCAGCGCGCGCCGUGGAGAGCGACCGCUAACCUUCAACAGCGCUUUUCCGAGCCCCGUCGCGCUCUUGUUUCAUACGCCCAUAAGAGAGCAUGGAGCAUGCGGCCAUGGAGCGCUCGCCUGCUGCAGCGCGACCAAUGCCGCCUACUGCUGCCAAAUCAUCAAACAAACGUCGAACUCUGCCGGCCUCAAGCAUGUCGUCAUGGCAGCAGCAGCAGGCCAUGUGUGCUGGACUGCUCGAGCGCGGGCGCGGGCGCAUGAGGGUGAGGGUGAGGGUGAGGGUGACAAAAGGUUUAGGGGCCAUCUCGGACUCGACUCUCGAUCCGCCAACCUCUCAUCUCUGCCAUGCUGCAAGUUCCCGCCGAGGCGCAGGGAUGCGCUCGCCUGUGGUCGAUCCUGUCUUGUGAUGCUCCUCGUCCCAGUCCCAGGCCCCGUCCUCACUCGUCGAUCCUGCCCUCGCCAACCACUGCGCCCCGUUGAAACAUGUUCCUCCUGCUGCUGCUGCUCCCGCUCCCUCUCCCUCUCCCUCUCCCUCUCCCUCUCCCUCUCCCUCUCCCUCUCCCUCUCCCUCUCCCUCUGCACCCUCUCCUGUCGCUGCCACGCCCCCCUCCCUCCUGCGCCGCCCAUGUACGCGCCAUCCUCCUCCUCAAAUCUUAACCUCCAACGCCUGGGCCUGGCCCCGAGCCGGCCUAGCGCCAUUUCGGACUCUGCUGCCGACUUACCUUAG